CACUUGUUCCCUCCUCCGUCUCUGCACAAUCUCUCUCUCUCUCUCUCUCUUUCUCAGUUCUCUAGUAGUGUGUGUGAGUGUGUGUGUAAAAGCUGCUCAUUCCACACAGUCUUUCAAUCAUCUGAAAAAAACAGCACAAGAUGAUGAAAGAAAUGUGGAAUGCGCCACCGGGUUUCCGGCCAACAAAAUCGGCUCCGACGUCGCCGGCGAAGCCGCUUGGCGUCGCCCGAACCCGUUCGGAGACCUUCCACGUCACCCACAAGGUCCCAGUCGGCGACACCCCUUACGUCCGGGCCAAAAACGUUCAACUAGUGGAGAAGGAUCCGGAGAGGGCGAUACCCCUAUUCUGGGCGGCCAUUAACGCUGGAGACAGAGUUGAUAGCGCGCUCAAAGACAUGGCCAUUGUAAUGAAGCAGCAAAAUAGGGCUGAAGAAGCCAUAGAAGCAAUCAAAUCAUUGCGCAGCCGUUGCUCCGAUCAAGCGCAGGAGUCUCUCGACAACAUCUUAUUGGACCUCUACAAGAGAUGCGGGAGAUUGGAGGACCAAGUAGCGCUUCUGAGGCGCAAGCUGUUCCUAAUCCAGCAAGGCAUGGCCUUCAACGGGAAGCGCACGAAAACCGCCCGCUCGCAGGGGAAGAAAUUCCAAGUGUCGGUGGAGCAAGAGGCCACGCGGCUACUGGGAAACUUAGGGUGGGCGCUGAUGCAGCAGAACAACUACAUGGAAGCAGAGGAGGCGUAUCGGCGGGCGCUUGUGCUGGCGCCAGACAACAACAAGAUGUGCAAUCUGGGCAUCUGCCUAAUGAAGCAAGGUAGAAUCGGCGAGGCCAAGGACACGCUGCGGCGGGUCAAGCCGGCGGUGCUUGACGGCCCAAGGGGCGUCGACUCCCACCUCAAGGCCUACGAGAGGGCUCAGCAGAUGCUCAGAGAUCUCGAGUCCGAGAUGAUGACCAAAGGCGGCGUCGAUCGCGUCCAGCAGAGCAAACUCUUCGACGCCUUUUUAGGCUCCUCCGCCAUCUGGCAGCCUCAGCCCUGCAAGGAGACCAAGUUCCCGCCCCCGCCCCCCGCCUUUCCGGAUGAGAACGCUUUGCCGGGGAGGAAUUUGAACAUCGACGCGCAGCCCUUCUACUCGUCCAAGGUUGCUGCGGAGGGUUUGAAGAGGAGCAGGUCUGGCAAUGCGGCAGCGAUCGAGAAUGGGAAGGAGGAGGAGAGUUGGGAGGAUUUGUUGCCGGAUAGCAAGGAUUUUGAGGAUGCGAUAAUGGCGGCGGUGUUGGGGGAUGUGUUGAAGAAGAAGAAGGUGGAUAAGAGGCUCAAGGUUUUUCAGGACAUAACGCCGUCGUUGUCGUUGAGUCCCAAAGCAUCGCAGAUCUUUUAACAAUUAACUUCAUGCUAAUUUAAUUUAAUUUAGUCACAGUUCCAAUUCUUAAUCUUAAUUUAAUGUUUUAGAGUCCAAUGGAGAUGAACUUGUUCUCCUUGAGUUUAUUAUUUAUAUGAUUCGUGGUACUCCCACACUCAAUAAAAUGGUGUCUAAUUAUUUUGCCGUUUAUGGCUAUUCUCAA